AUGUCGACAGACAGCAAAUUAUCUUGGUCGCAAGACCACGGAAAGGGCCUCGACCUGCCCGACCCCGAAUCUUUCCGAUCAUUCUCAACAAGUCCUUUUCAGAAUGGGAGAGCCUCGCCGUUGUUGGGUGGAUCAGAGUUCCCUACGAUACCGCAGACACCACCGACGCAGGGGAAGCUAUGGCGGUUCUGGGUCAUGAACAAGGGCGUCGUCUUGGUGGCUCUCUCGCAGCUGUUUGGUGCUCUGAUGAACCUCACAGCGCGGCUGCUUGAGCUUGAGGGAGAGGGGAUGCAUCCACUUCAAGUCUUGUUUGCCCGGCAGAGUGUGACCAUGGUCUGCUGCUGCGCUUACAUGUACUGGAUGAAGACGCCAGAUUUUCCGUUUGGAAAAAAGGAGGUCAGAUGGCUUCUCAUCGCCAGAGGAGUGAGUGGGUUCUUUGGCAUCUUUGGCAUGUGGUACUCGAUGAUGUACCUCCCUCUUGCCGAAGCCACAGUCAUCACGUUCCUGGCUCCCAGCGUUGCGGGUUACGUCUGUUACAUCGCGCUGCGCGAACCGUUCACUAGAGCUGAGCAGAUAGGAACUGUUAUAGCCUUCUUCGGCGUUGUUCUCAUUGCUCACCCGGCGUCCCUCUUCACCGGCGAUUCGACUUCCUCGGCCGCUGCCACCGCGCCCGAGGAUUACAAUGUCACGAACGGCACCGUGUCAUCGACCACCCUGCCCGGCCUCAACCAUCGGGCCACGACGGCAGAACGCUUGACAGCCAUCGGCGUCGCCAUACUCGGGGUCUUUGGCGCCGCUGGAGCUUUCACGACCAUCAGGUGGAUAGGCAAGCGUGCGCACCCGCUUAUAUCCGUCAACUACUUUGCGACGUGGUGCACGAUCGUAUGUGCCGUCGUCCUCACGAUUGCGCCGCUUCUCGAGUUUGAGCAGCCGGCUCUGCGGUUCGCGCUGCCCCACUCAGGACGGCAGUGGCUGUUCAUGGUGUUGCUCGGUGUGUUUGGAUUCAUCAUGCAGUUCCUUCUUACCGCGGGACUGGGUAUGGAUCGCUCAAACAGGGCCAACGCCAUGGUCUACACGCACAUGCUCUUCGCGGCAGGGUUUGACCGUUUCAUCUUUGGCAACGUCAUGGGGUGGAUGAGUUUGGCGGGAUGUGGGCUCAUCAUCGGGAGCGCGCUUUGGGUUGUCCUGAUGAAGAGCCCACCGCCACCUAGAAGUGAGGUUAUGGUGGACGUUGAGGUCGCGAAUGUCAGGGAUACCGAGGCCGUACCGAUGCUGGCGGAUAUAGACGGGGGUAGAGAUGAAGAUCUAGAACCGGACAGGGCACGAUAA